AUGGUUUCGUGUUUCCGAAUGCGGCCUUCUGAACAAAGGGAUUCGAGCUAUGUCUACCAGUUUUGCCGGAAGCGGCAACAAAGCAGUGGGCGACAAUACUUUGUCCGAGACUCGACCAACAUUCGACACAUCUGUAAACCUUGCAAUCAAUACGGACCUUGUCGAUUCUGUUCGACCAUUCCAAUGGCGCCAGUAACCAGAGCGAACGACAAAGAUGAGCCAUCCUUCCCGCGGCGAGUCGAUCCCAAGACCGGAUUCUCCCCCGACUUUCACUUUUCGAACAGAUGCUCCUUGGAAGAUUGUUUUAUCUGUGAAGACAGCUAUGCACAAGAGCCUUGCUUUAUGCCACAACGCAGGUAUGACUCAAGGCUUUCGGACGAAGAAGCGAAGGCCGUGAUCCAGGGCCACAUCAAGUGUAUCGACGAGAGUUUCGCCGAACUAAGCACGAUUCUGUCAUCCCAUGGCGACAAUAUCAUGUCUAUGUGGACCAAGACUAAGGACAAGAAAAAAAGGGAGACUCUCGUUCACAGCGCCCUUCCUGACGGAUAUCCCACUGAAAAAUGGAUUCUCUUGUUUGCAUACGUCAACCACUCGCAGAAGAAACCCUCUGCUGGCGACCGAGGCAAACACCGCCAAAGCUUUCUACUUCCUUUCAUCGGCCGGGAGGAAUUGAUUACGGAUCGGAACAAACUUCUCAGGUUGCUUGACCUACGGACUGAGUACCCGCCAUGGCAAUGGGCUCGUAUGGACCAUGCUGCAACCGAGUGCGGGCGCGGGACUGGUAUGCUUGCGAUGAGGUUCAAUGAGACUUUAUUUUCCAUGCAAGAGAAUGAUUAUGGCAAACCUGUCGACUAUGAAUAUGACAUGUUUCACCGUCGAGAAGCCGUUGGAUUUCCAGUCGCCGAAAUCUUCCUUUGCUCUAUCGCCAAACUUUUGCUUGAAAAGUAUGCAAAGUCGGAAAAGGCCAAAGACAAAAGCAGCGGCAAUAGUCUCUGGAAAAAGCAAUCCACAGACGGAUUCUCUGCAUUUGCGCCUAUCAAACAGACACUGAAUCCACAUCCUUUUUACCAGGUUAUCAAUCCGUAUGAGCCGCCUCUGCAGUUCGACAUACCUGCAGCAAGAUCGAUAUUGGAAGAACGACAGUCAGCUGGCGAAGACGAGCUCUGGCUCCUCCAGACAGACAUUUCAUCCGCGUACAGCCGCGUUGAGGAUCUAUCAAGACGGCCACCCUAUUCUGUCAUGACAGAGGUCGAUCGUUGGGCGCAUAUUGCGCAAGAUCUGUGCGAGCCUUUAAUGAUGAAAGUUGGGAGCUGGAAUCGGCUUGAUUCACUGUUCCACCUUGCGGAAGGCAGGAUGAGAAAUUCUUCAAGUGAAAGCCACCAUGAACUCGAUGUUCUGCUGGACUGGGCCCACACCUAUGUUCAAGGGGAAGUCAUGGAUCACCAGCCGCAUGACCUGAGCGAAUUACUCUUGAAAGAUGUUUCAUUCGUCAACUCGUUCAGCUCCAAGAAUACGUCUGGAGUGAAGGAUCAAUCUUUUGCAAGGACAGCACUAUUCGUGACUCACUACUUGAAGCAAGGUAGUCAUGAGCAAUCUGCUCGUUAUUAUAAGGAGCAGCCUUUCACCUGGGCCGUCACUGUUAUCGGUCUUGCUACGAACGGACUACGCAGUUCGGGUUUCCUGCUCGACUUAAUGUUCUCGUUCCUAAACGACCUCGUGCAGGAUGGAGUACUGAAACUGGAGAAUGAGUCGGCGCAUGUUGUCGAGGCUGUCAAGACCUUUUCUGCCACGCUACAGCUCCGCGCGAAUCUUGACGCCCGUCGUCCGCGGUUUCUACAGCUCCCACUCGACACGCGCCGGCACAUAAGAUCGCAUGUUUGGAAGAAGCUAGCGCCACAUGUGUCUUUUGGCAAAGUCUACCAAAUUCACGGUAAAAGGGCUACCCGGUCACUAUCGACAAAGCAGGAGCGUACCAACAACUUUAAGAAAGCGGGUCUAUUGCUGAAGCAAUUUUUUGACAUCAACCUCUCCACUGGCACUCGGAAGCGGACAGUCGAAUGGCUCGAGAAAGCAGAGCAGUCCAAGCACGCUCUCGAUGCUUUUUGGGAAGAGAUUCGCCGAAUGAAGAUCAACGAAGCCAGUGCUGGUGGUACUGUUGAUGUAACGCAAGUGAAGCAAUUGCCAGAUAUCACGCUCUUGGAGCAUUACCAGGAAAAUGAGUUCUUGGAAUCAGUCAGACUUGAGAAGGAGAUUCUCAAGGCAGCGCAGAAAGAGGCGGAGGAGAAGAAGAAGCAAAAGAAGAUGACGAAGCCGAGCUUGAAACGGCCUGUGGAAGAUCAGCAGGAGUCACAGACUCUCUGGGGCGACGAGAAGACAUCACCUAAACGAUCCAAAGCAGCGUCGGGAAAACCUCUCAAGCGGAAUCAGAUGGACGAGGAUCCAAUCCCUGUGCUUAAAACUGUGCCCACUGCGACUGAAGUACAGGAAGAACCAGAGCGGAUCGAGGUGUCCCCAGCGAGCCUACGAGUACUCGCACGUAUGUGGCCAUACCAGAGCCGUGCGUUUAUGGAAGAACGUGGCACGAUCCGCUGGAAGGAUUUCCAGGCGGUCAUGAGCGAUCUCGGAUUCCAGGCGUCUGGGGUCGGCGGCUCAAAGAUCGCAUUUGACAGCCAGGAUAAGGGGAACAACCGCGAACGGCGUCUUCAUAGCGUUCCUGAGGCAGGUGUCUUAAUCGAGGCUACGAAUCUUCGUGAGAACUGUAAAGCCAGACUGUUGCAUGCCAACCUCAAAGCCUGCUUUCUCCAAGAGAGCAUGGGUCGAGGAGCCGUCGAUAAUUGA